AUGGAUGUUGUUGGUCCAUCUGCUCCAACAUCUGAGAAACAUCAACCUCCUUCCUCUGUAGACAAUGCAAACUCGCAUUGGCCAGAAUUGAGGGCUGUAAAUCGUACUCGUCAACCUAGUGUCACCAAGGCAGCAGCAUCUGCUUCACUCGGGUCAGAAACAGAGAUAGCUGCUCUAAAGGAACAUUCAAAGGAGUAUCCUUGGGCCGCCAAAAUGAACCAACCGAUGCGUAAUCUUCACAGAGUAACUAUCCUGGAGUUCAUGGAAGACGGAACUCCUAAGAUAAAAAUUCCCAGCCACGUCCUUUUAGGUGGUUUAGAGAAUCAAAAGGAGUUUAUUGUUGGACAGUUUUACCGUUGUUCUGCUCCCUCUAGAGGAUUAAUACAAGCGAGAGGGUUGUGGCACUUUGACGAUUGCUUGAUGUUCGUGUCAAAUUGGACACCGGCUGAAACUAUUUCUUUGCCAGAAAUUACUACAGUUCCAGUGUGGUUAACUCUCAAGAACAUCCCAUACCAGCUAUAUUCUUUUGUAGUGAUUAAAUGGAUUGCAUCAGGCAUUGGUGAACCUAUGUUAACGGAGAAGUCGUGGCUUGAUCCUACUCAGAUGGGAGAAGCAAAAAUCCUAGUAGAGGUAAAGCUAAACAAAGCAUUCCCACAAAAGGUUGCUUUAGUGGAUACAAGCAAUGUAGUUUCAAUGGUGGAUGUCAUCUACUCAUGGCUGCCUUCAAAUUGUCGUAAGUGUGGACAAUUGGGUCACAAAGCAUCUCGGUGCUUGCUAUUGAAUGCUAAUGGAACUUCUAGUUCUGCUCCAACAGACAACGUGAGUACAAUUAUCUCAGAAGCCCCAAUUGCUAUUGUGGCUGAUGAUUUGAUUGUUGAUGUUGCUAAAGAAAGGGAAAAAGAGACUAAGUCCGCUGCUAAAGACUCAGACGUAACUACUACUGUCACGCAAGUUUCAGAACAUGGGACCACCACCCCUCUUACUCACAUUGCACUAGGUGAAAAAUCCAUUGCCUCAAAGCCAGUUUCUUCGCCUAAGGUCACAAAGAAUCCUACCAGCUUCAAUACUGGUUCCAUGGUCUUAUCAAAAAAGAUAGACACUACUAAACAAGAUUCCACUUCUUCUGCUCCAGCGGAGCACAGUAUACGUAGGUCCUCGUCCAACAAAACUUUGAGUUCAAACCGGUUUGCCUAUCUGGAUACUUCAGAUGAUGAAGAAGAAUCACAGGUUUCAGAUGAGGAUUCUGACCCGACGACUCUUAUGACGCCAAUGGGCAAAAGAAUCCUAAGAGAAAGACCGGUACGACCCUCAGCGAAAGCUAAAGAGAUGGUUUGGCAGACCGUUGCGGUUGGGCGUGGAAACAGAGGCGGUCGUAGUGGUCGGGGUAAUAGAGGUGGUCGUGGCUAA